AGAACUCCUUUGGCCACAUAUUAGCAGAAUAAAGAAAGAACACGAUGGACAUCAUAUUAUUGAAGCGUCUUAGAACAUUUGCCAAUAGUAUAAAAGAGCAUCAAGCGAAAGCAUCAGAGCUAUGUGCGUGUCGUCCAUGGGAAGGUAAUGAAGUGGAACAAGCCGCUAUCAUUGCCUCCAAGUUACAGUCAACGCUGGGGAAAUUUCAGAGUGAUCUCUAUCAGUAUUUUAAUACAAGCACUGAUCCGAACCCUGAUGAGGUCUCGACCUUAACAGAGAUACAAUUACAAGGCGAGGAAAUUUUAGCUGAACUUAAUGCCAGAAUACAGAUUAUUGACGCUCAUUACUCCUCCCUAUACAAAGUUAAGAAAGCGAUGAAGCCUCAAGAUUGCAGGAAAACAUUAGAUGAAUUAGAAAGACACCUUAGAGUAUUGCAAUCCCUAGGAGAAGACACUAAUAAGAAUAACUUAAGGUUCCUUUUCAUGGAAAAAUUUCCUGAAGAUGUGAUUUAUGAGUUGAAACUGAAGUUGAAAACUGAAUCCACAGAAGAGAUAAGGAAACAGUUAAACGCUAUCAUAACGGCAAAGGAGGAUGUUGACAGAAUUAAUGCAGAGGACAAAAAUAUAGAACCUACCUUCACCACUGAAACGUUACACGUGAAAAUUAAUAAAGUUAAGGAUAAUAAUAAACAUUUGAAGAAAUUCACUGGUGAAAGGAAAUUUAAAAAUGAAUAUAAUAUGAAACCUAAAGGGAAACCCAUCAAAACCGAACCGGGUACUUCAACAUUUUCUAGCGUAGACAGAAGGAAGAGACCGUAUGAAGCCAAUAACGAAUCAAGAAAUCAAUAUCCACCUAAAAAGCGAGACAGGAAGGACUGUAUAUUUUGUCACGGUGAUCAUUUCAAUGAUAGUUGUCCGCGCUUUACAACUUUAGCUGAGAGAAAAGGCAAGUUAUCUGACCGCUGCUUCAUAUGUUUUAAAUAUGGUCACAGACAAAACACCUGCAGAACAACACAUGUCUGCCAUUAUUGUGGGGCAAGAAACCGACAUAACAGAGCAUUAUGCCCUGACAAAGAACUGCAAAAUACCACGACUACGUCUACUUAAACAACAAAAAAUCAAGAUAAACAACCAUUUU